AUGGCCGGGUUAGGACUUGUGGACUUGGUCGAUGAUACGACGUACCGAGUGAACGUUAUCACUGCUCACAUGGUGGCCGUGCCGUCGUCGCUCGAUGGCAUGUUGCACUUUUCGACAGAGCCUGUAUGGGCAGCCGCGUUCCUGAUGAAGCAACUUCGAGAUACGAACUUCAAGUACCCGUUCCAGGAGAAUAAGACACCUACGCAGUACGGGUAUAAGCUGAUCGGAGAGGAGAGAUUCGCCAAUCAGCACACGUACUCUAUCAUGCACUCGCAAGGUCGAAUGCCAAGUUUCUCCCGCUUCAUGGAAGGCAAGUUCGGCAAGUUCGGCACCAUGCCAGACAGGGUCAAAUCUCUGGGCUAUGAUCUUGACUCUGUCAUGAACGGCAAGGCGGAUGAUAUCGUUGUCGUUGACAUUGGAGGAGGCCGAGGUGAGAUGCUCCUGGAAGUGAAGGCUGCGUACCCUCAUCUGAAAAAGGAAAACCUCGUCCUGCAAGAAUUCCAGCCCGACAGGGUGAAUGAGGACGACCUGACAAUCCAACAUUGGGACUUCAAGGACGAUUCGCCGGAGACGGUCAAGGGGGCCCUGGUAUACAGCCUCACCCACAUAUAUCACAACUUGUCCGACCUCGAGGCAUUGCGUUUGAUGAAGAAGGUUGCGGACGCGAUGGCCCCGCACUCAACAAUGCUGAUCCACGAGUUCGCGAAGAACUCAACAUAUGGCAAGAUGCAUGCGACAAUGAUUACGUUGUAUGCUGGAAGGAUUAGGAGCAGUCGCGAGUGGAAACAGCUGGCGGCUUUGGCCGGCUUGGAAGUCACCUUCGAAGCUUAUCCUGUGGCAGGGGAAGGUCUCGUGGAAAUGAGGAAGCUGCCAACCGCCAACGGGGCGGUAUGA